CACGGGGCCGCGUAGGAGAAGCUUUGCGUCGCGGCUUCCCAGUCCUGGCCAGAUGGCGCCGGCGCAGCGUUGUCCUCUUUGCCGCCAGACUUUCUUCUGCGGUCGCGGGCACGUCUACAGUCGCAAGCACCAGCGGCAGCUAAAGGUGGCUUUGGAGCGGCUCCUGCCGCAGGUGGAGGCCGCCCGCAAGGCCGUCCGCGCCGCCCAGGUGGAGCGUUACGUGCCCGAGCACGAGCGAUGUUGCUGGUGCCUGUGCUGCGGCUGUGAGGUGCGGAAACACCUGAGCCACGGAAACCUGACCGUGCUGCACGGGGGGCUGCUGGAGCAUCUGGCCAGUCCAGAGCACAAGAAAGCAACCAACAAAUUCUGGUGGGAAAACAAGGCUGAGUUCCAGAUGAAAGAGAAGUUUUUGAUCUCCCCCCAGGACUUCGCUCGAUUCAAGAAAUCCAUGGUGAAAAGUCUGGAUUCCUAUGAGGAAAAAGAGGAUGAAGUGAUUAAAGAGAUGGCAGCUCAGAUCCGAGAGGUGGAGCAAAGCCGGCAGGAGAUGGUUCGGUCUGUCUUAGAGCCUCAGACAGUGCCAGACCCAGAAGAGGGCUCUUCAGCACCUGGAAGCUGGAAAGGGACAAACAGCCAAGUAGCCUCCACCUCACAGCAGCCCUCAUACUUGGACCUGCCACCAGCCCCAGAGCUUGACUGGAUGGAGACAGGACAACCUCUGACAUUCAUUGGUCAUCAGGAUACACCAGGAAUUGGUAAUAUACACUCAGGUGCCACACCUCCCUGGAUGGUCCAAGAUGAGGACUAUAGCUCUGGGAACCAACAAAUAGGACCCUCCUAUGAAGAGUUUCUUAAAGAAAAGGAAAAACAGAAACUGAAGAAGCUCCCACCAGACAGAGUUGGGGCCAACUUUGACCACAGCUCCAGCACCAGUGCUGGCUGGCUGCCCUCUUUUGGCCGGGUCUGGAAUAAUGGACGCCGCUGGCAAUCCAGGCAUCAAUUCAAAAGUGAAGCUGCAGCAAGAAACAAACAGCAGUCACAUAAAGGAAAAAAGCUAAUGGCUUCCUGAUGUAUUUCCAACCACUAUAAGGCUCAAAGCCAAGACAACAAAUCUGUUACAUGCUAUUAUCCUGUAACUGCCUUUCUUAGGAAACAGACAAACCCACUUAUUUGAUUUAAUAAAGUUUUAUUUUUUAAAAUA